GCGCUUCCAUCGGCCCGACGGCCGCCAUUUUGACCCGUGUCGUUCUCUUCCUUUGCACCGAGACGAAGGCGAAGGCGGAGGCGAGACGCCGGAUCCUAAUGUGUAAAAAGUAGCGAGGGGCUAAUUCGCGAAAUGUCGUUAUCAACAGCCCGCCCGCUCGUUACCAUCUAUUCGGAGAAAAAUGAACCAUCGGGGGACACGAUUUCAUUACCUGCCGUGUUCAAAGCCCCUAUUCGGCCAGAUGUGGUGAACUUUGUUCAUCAACAAGUUUCGAAGAACAGCCGGCAGCCGUACUGUGUCUCGAAAGAGGCUGGGCACCAGACUUCUGCCGAGUCAUGGGGAACCGGUCGAGCCGUGGCACGUAUUCCGCGUGUCCGUGGAGGCGGUACCCACCGAUCUGGUCAGGGUGCCUUCGGUAACAUGUGUAGGGGAGGGCGCAUGUUUGCUCCAACUAAACCUUGGCGCCGCUGGCAUCGUCGUGUGAACGUUAAUCAGAAACGUUAUGCCAUUGUAUCUGCUAUCGCUGCCUCAGGAGUGCCGGCACUCGUGCAGUCUAAAGGGCAUAUGAUUCAAGAAGUACCAGAAUUCCCUCUGGUAGUAUCCGAUAAAAUCCAAGAAUACACUAAAACCAAACAGGCCGUUAUUUUCUUACGGCGUAUCAAGGCCUGGAAUGAUAUUCAGAAGGUGUACAAAUCGCAGCGGUUCCGCGCCGGUAAAGGUAAAAUGCGUAAUCGACGUCGCAUCCAACGUCGAGGGCCUCUCAUCGUUUAUGGGAACGACCGGGGAAUCCGUAAGGCGUUCCGCAAUAUUCCUGGCGUCGACCUUAUGAACAUCAACAAGUUGAACCUCCUGAAACUUGCGCCGGGUGGCCACGUAGGUCGUUUCGUCAUCUGGACAAAAUCAGCAUUUGAUCAGCUGGAUGCUCUCUACGGAACAUGGCGUCAGGAGUCGAAACUGAAGGCUGGCUACAACCUGCCAUUCCCGAAGAUGGCCAACACCGACCUCUCGAGGCUCCUAAAAUCCGAAGAGAUCCGCAAAGUCCUCAGAGCACCGAGGAAGAAGGUCAUACGCAGAGUGAAGAAACUGAAUCCGCUGAACAACACUCGGGCCAUGCUGCGUCUUAAUCCGUACGCUGCUGUGCUGAAACGCGCUGCCAUCUUGACGGCGCAAAAGCGACAGCACGAGAAGGACUUGCUGCUGGCGGAGAAGCAAGGAAUAAAGCUUCCGAAGUACGCGCCGGCGUUGAGGGCGAAGAGGCUGCAGGAGAGGCGCAGGAAACAGAUCCUGGCUGCCAAGGCUCUGAAGGUUAAGAAGGUGAAGACUGCGAAAGCUAAAUCGGCCAAACCUGCAGAAGCUAAACCCGAAGCUAAACCUGCAGAGGCCACCUCGAAGAAGGCCGCGACCCCGAAGAGCGCACCAGCACCGGCCAAGAAAUAGACACGGUCCAGGGACUCGCGAUUACUUGAAUUUUCACUAAGCAUUUCAUUAAUAAAAAGAGAAACUGUACCGUGA